AUGGAUCCAUGUCCAUAUGUCCGAUUGAUGAUCGAUUCACUAUCUUUGAAUAUUCCGGUUCAAAAUAGACCAGCCGGUUCGGAUAUCUAUCCUUCCACCACCAAUCCUAGUUUUUGCAUCCUCCGGAUAAAGGGUUUUCCUUCUCAGACCGUCGUCGUUCCGGUCACCACCUCCGCCAUUAUCGACGCCAGUCCACCUGAAUCUUCGGCGUCAUCAGCCGGAUUCCAUAUCGACACGGCCUCUAUUCGCCGCCUAUCUCGGAAAUCUGUGACACUAACCGUAUCGGUCUAUACCGGUCGGAUGGGAAGCUCGUGCAGUGUCACAUGCAGGAAGUUUCUUGGGAGAAUUGAUAUUGGGAUUGAAUUGAAUGGUAUGGAAAAGAAAACUGUAAUUUUUCAAAACGGUUGGAUGAAGAUUGGAUCGGAGUCUAGACUUCAUAUGACGGUUAGAGCUGAACCGGACCCACGUUUUGUGUUUCAGUUCGGAGAUGAACCGGAAUACAGUCCUGUGGUGUUUCAAAUUCAAGGUAACAUCCGACAACCGGUUUUCAAUUGUAAAUUUAGCGCCGACCGGAACGCUAGAUCACGGAUCCCAAUGCCUGAAUUUAUGAGAAAAAGUAUCAAUGAUAGAAAGGGGUGGAUAAUAACUAUCCACGACCUCUCCGGCUCACCCAUAGCCGCCGCCUCAAUGAUUACGCCUUUUGUGGCAUCUCCGGGUUCGGACCGAGUCUCUCGGUCGAACCCAGGGGCUUGGCUCAUUCUACGGCCCCACAGAUCAUUCGACAAUAAUGAUUGGAAGCCGUGGGGCCGACUUGAGGCAUGGAGGGAGAAAGGACCAAUAGAUAGCUUGGGCUACAAAUUUGAACUUGUUAGAGACACGUGGCUCAACGUUAGUGGAACUACAAUUGCGGAGGGGACUAUUAGCAUGAAGAAAGGCGGGCAAUUCUACAUUGAUAAUAGAAUGAUUAAAGACUCGGUUGCAUUGAGUUUAUUGAAUCCAUCGAUUAUAAGAGGGUUUGUUAUGUCCUCGACAGUUGAAGCCGAGGGUAAAGUGAGCAAACCGACGGUUCUAGUCGGGGUACAACACGUUACGUGUAUGGCGGAUGCCGCCUUAUUUGUCGCACUUUCGGCCGCCAUGGAUUUAUCUAUGGAUGCUUGUAGACUUUUCCCUAUUAGCGCAGACUAUUGUGCGUACGUGGCAGUCGUUCAUUUGAUGAGCUCUGCUUCCAGCUGUCUGGAGAGUUCAUCUACUUCAGACACCCAGCCUUUAGAUGUCUAUCUACCUUCAGACGUCGGCUGCUCAUCUUAG